AUGCCUGCUCCUCACGGUGGUACUUUACAAGACUUGAUUGCAAGAGAUGCGUCAAAGAAAAACGAAUUGUUAUCUGAAGCUCAAUCUUCGGAUGUUUUAGUGUGGAACUUGACUCCAAGACAACUUUGUGAUAUUGAACUGAUCUUGAAUGGUGGGUUCUCUCCUCUAACUGGUUUUUUGAACGAAAACGAUUAUUCCUCAGUUGUUACAGACUCCAGGUUAGCAGACGGCACUUUGUGGACUAUCCCUAUUACAUUAGACGUUGACGAAGCCUUCGCCAACCAACUCAAAGCAGAGACAAGGAUUGCCCUAUUCCAAGAUGAUGAAAUUCCUAUUGCUAUACUUACCGUUCAGGAUGUUUACAAGCCAAACAAGUCUAUCGAAGCCGAAAAGGUCUUUAGAGGUGAUCCAGAACAUCCAGCUAUUAGCUACUUAUUCAACGUUGCUGGUGAUUAUUAUGUCGGCGGUUCUUUAGAGGCCAUUCAAUUGCCUCAACAUUACGACUACCCCGGUCUGCGUAAGACUCCUGCCCAAUUAAGACUUGAAUUCCAAUCAAGACAAUGGGACCGUGUCGUCGCUUUCCAAACUCGUAAUCCAAUGCACAGAGCCCACAGAGAGCUAACUGUGAGAGCGGCCAGGGAAGCUAAUGCCAAGGUGUUGAUCCAUCCAGUUGUUGGGUUAACUAAACCCGGUGAUAUUGACCACCACACUCGUGUUCGUGUCUACCAAGAAAUUAUAAAGCGUUAUCCUAAUGGUAUAGCUUUCUUGUCCUUGUUGCCGUUAGCAAUGAGAAUGAGUGGAGAUAGAGAAGCCGUAUGGCACGCAAUUAUUAGAAAGAACUACGGUGCCUCUCACUUCAUUGUUGGUAGAGACCACGCAGGCCCAGGUAAGAACUCCAAGGGUGUCGAUUUCUACGGUCCAUACGAUGCCCAAGAGUUGGUUGAAUCCUACAAACAUGAAUUAGAUAUCGAGGUUGUUCCAUUCAGAAUGGUCACUUAUUUACCAGACGAAGAUCGUUAUGCUCCAAUCGACCAAAUUGACACCACAACGACAAGGACUUUAAAUAUUUCCGGUACAGAACUGAGACGUCGUUUAAGAGUUGGCGGCGAGAUUCCUGAAUGGUUUUCAUACCCUGAAGUGGUUAAAAUAUUGAGAGAAUCAAAUCCACCAAGACCCAAACAAGGGUUUGCUAUUGUUCUAGGUGAUUCGUUAACCGUCUCUCGUGAACAAUUAUCUAUUGCCUUGUUGUCAACGUUCUUGCAAUUUGGUGGUGGCAGAUACUAUAAGAUCUUUGAACACAGUAAUAAAACAGAGUUACUAUCUUUGAUUCAGGAUUUCAUUGGUUCGGGUAGCGGUUUGAUUAUUCCAAGCCAAUGGGAAAGUGAAAAGGAUUCUUUUGUUGGCGAACAAAAUAUUUACUUAUUAGACACCUCAAGUUCGGCUGACAUUAAGCUAGAUGAAACAAAUGAACCUAUUUCACACAUUGUUCAAAAAGUUGUCUUAUUCUUGGAAGACAAUGGCUUUUUUGUGUUUUAA